AGAGAUGCAAAGAUAUAUAGUAGCUAGUCGAAUAAAUGUUGCACCUGGUGCAGGUCAGGUCGCUGGAAGAGAAGAGGCAUUUGGAUUGGUAAUAUCAUGUCUUGCGGGCCCUGCAUUGAAUUGGUAUAAUACCCGCAUUAAGGGCAAAAAUUGGAGAUGUAAUAAUCUCUCAGAUAACUUAGGUGUAGCUACUUUAACUGCUGUUCGAGCAAUAGGUGCUGGAAAUGGUAGUAAUCAGAUUGGUGGUUUGAAUACUGCAGGAGAAUUUUGUAACAAAGCUGGAGCAAAAAUUGGUAGAAUUGGAGCAGGUGUCACAACUGGAGAUAUGGGUGUUGAAGAGUUCUCUACUCAAAUCAAAAAGGUUGGUAAAUUGGCCGGAAUGAUACCCGAACAACAAAGAAAGCAAUUUAUUUGUGGCUUAAAUCCUAUGAACCAAUAUAAUAUUCGAAUGAUGGCUAAAUUUGAGGAUACUCAGGAAAAUAUCACAAAAGCCUUAGCUGAAGUAGAAAAAUUUACACUUUCUCAAAGAAAUGCAUCAUCUUCUCUUCCUGCUUUUCUGGCAGCCAAUCUCUACAUAGACACUAACAAAUCAGGAAUAACUAAAACUAAAAUCGUGAAUUUGAUAAAAACUGCAAUGGCAUCCUCAGAGUCUCAAAUGGCUCAACAAAAUGCUGAUUUGCAGUCUACCAUUAAAUCCUUUCAAGAGACUAUGUCUCGAGCGACUAAAACUCUAGACAAUAGUAAAAAAUCAUCUAAGAAAAGAGCAGAAGAUACUGCUAUUAAUCGCUUUUUGAGUGACUUACUAAGAAAAAAUCUAGGUAAACACUCUGCCGAUAAAUAUGAUCAUGAUCUUAUAGAAGAUAUUUCAGAUAGUUUAGCAGGAUUAACAUUAAAUAGUGUUAUAAAAACUGCUACAUCUAAAACUUCAUUGAAGGAAACUAUUCGUAAAGUUCUCCAAAGUGAACUUAAAUUAAUUUUUCCUGAUCAUUUAUCCCAAGACCCUAUUAAAGCUAAUAUACUGAAUCAACAAAGUGAAUUAAGAGCAAAGAGCUUUUCUGAUUCACAUAUGGACUCCUCUGAUUCUAUACGAUCUUUUUUAAUCGAAGUAAUUAGUUCAUAUAAGACAUCUAGUAAGGAGUUUUGGCAAGAACCCCCGGCCGAAAUUUUAG